AUUGAGAUGGCUAAUGCGUACAAACCUUCCUAGAGAGAUUAUUGAUGUCAGGGACCAUGCCUGGAUAUAGUACCGACUGCCAUGUUAUGACGAGCUUUUAGGGUUUAUUAUUAUUAUUCUUUUGUUUGUUAUAUUUCCAUUUUAGUCCCGAUUAUUUGAUUCAAUUUGGUGGCUAUAGCUUUGAAGUUUCAAUUUAACUUGUGGUUUGGAUGAAUUUCCCAAAACGUUCCUUUCAUUUUAAAUGUUAACUGUUUCUUAUUAAGUUUUUGAAAAUUUUCAGAAUUUGGUAACUAUUACGUUUUUGUUCAUCUUUCCUAACUAAACAUUUGAUUUCUGAACCAAAUUGCAAAUGCAAAAACAAUUUUAAAAACUAAUUUUCUUAGUUUUCAAAACUUAACUUGGUUUUUAAAACACCCCUAAAAAAUGUAUGGAUGGAAAUAAUGUUUAUAAGCUUAAUUUUUAAAAAACCAAAUGGUUAUCAAAUCGGGCCUAAGUUAUAUGUUUUAUAGUUCUUUUUUUCUUAUUCUAGUCGGUUCUUUACUGUUAAUAAUGGACUUGUAGUUCAUGAUUAUGUGUAAAGUAAUCUUAAUUUUUACGAAUCACACCAUCAUCAUUCUUGAUGUGUACAUUAUGCUAUUGAUACUAAAAGAAACAAAUACCAGUGGCUGGCUGAAGAAGACGUUUUAAGCUAUUUUAUUGCGUUUGAUGUGUACAUUCCGUUCUCGAGCAUUUCAUGAUAGUUGGUAUUAUUGUUACGAAACGAAUAAACUAUUCUAGGAUUAUAUAUCUUGUGUCUUGGUGGCUGUGACUAUACUUCGAUACUAUCUAUUGAUUUUUUUCUUUUAUUUGCCAGCCACAAGCCAGAUGUUAUUAGUGGAGACAUGGAUUCAAUUCGGACCGAAGUACUAGAUUUUUAUGCUAAGCAAGGGACCAAGAUAUUUGAUGAAUCUGAAGAUGAGGAUACCACAGACCUACAUAAAUGUGUUGCAUAUAUUCUUCAGUCUAUGCCAAAUCUGGAGGAGUCUAAUCUGUGUAUACUUGUUGCGGGAGCUCUAGGUGGACGAUUUGAUCACGAGAUAGGAAACAUCAAUGUACUAUGCCGUUUCUCAACUACGCGCAUAAUCCUUCUGUCUGAUGAUUGUCUUGUUCAUCUUCUGCCAAGGACUCAUCACCAUGAAAUCCAUGUUGACUCAUCCGUUGAGGGUCCGCAUUGUGGUCUCAUUCCAAUUGGGAUGCCUUCUGGAAGCACUACAACCAAUGGUCUCCAAUGGGAUUUGACCGACAUAGAGAUGAAGUUUGGUGGACUAAUUAGCUCAUCAAAUAAAGUUAAAGGAGAGAAAGUAAGAGUGCAAUCUGACACCGAUCUUCUCUGGACGAUCUCAUUAAAAAAGCAAUGAGACGGGAUUGCAGGAUUGCGAUGAGCUGGAGCUGCAGUCGGCCUGCUAGCCGAUGCUAGAUUUUGAGCCUCCGAGCCCGCACAUUCUUCGGCCAGGCAUUCUCUGCAUUAGGUAAUGGAAUCUUCUUUCUCCCUUUAAAAUAAGAACAAUUGUAAAGAUCUACUCCUUCAUCUGCCAGGUCUUUUAGCUUUCCAUUUUCUGUUAUUUUUAUUUUUUAUUUUUUUAUGUGAUUAGGAAGUUAUAUUGUUUUU